ACAAUCCAAAUCAUGAUCAUCCAUUGCCAAACUACUUGAUGUAAACAUCUCGCUGGAUUUUAGGCCUAGCCUCUGCUAGUCUUUAAUUGCAGGCAUUUGGAAAAAUAUGCAGUCGCCAACAGCUGCAAGAAAAGCCCUGUUUGAUACUGAUCUUCAACAAGCUCUAUCACUUCUCGACAGAGAGCAAGCUAAACUAGGAACCCCAUUGACACACAGUUACAGCAGAACAAGGACAAACUCCUCAUUUUCAAAUCCAGUUGCGUCACCAUGCCUCUACAAGUCACAUAGCAUGGACAGUGGUCUAAGUAGCAUCAGUAUUUCGAGUAAGAUGUCAGGUGUACCAGAGUCAUCCAGCCUCACUUUCAAUGUGCAGAUACCGGUGAAACAUUAUUCAGCUUCGGGAACACAAGCUGGAAGCUACUAUCCAAAGUACCAGGUGUAUAAAGAGUCCAAGUGCAUUUCUUGUCAAGACUGCAGUAUAUUCUUUUCCCCAUCAGCAUUCCUGAAGCACUGCCAUGACAAGAAGCUGGGAACAAGGGUAGAAUGUAAUGCCACACAGCUUGAACUGGCGACAGAUAAUCCCGGAAUACAUCAGAAGAAAUUGUGGGAAGAGUUUCAGUCAAAAAUUAGUGGGAACGGAAUGCAAAUUUAUGGAGAAAAAGACAGGAUUUUGAAAUCGAGCCCAGUAUCUUUUAGAAGUUCUGGUAAAACUUACACAGAUAACCGUUUUCAUUGGAAAACAAAUGGCAGUAGUAACAGCUUGAAUGGAACCAUUCACAAUGAUGUCUUAGCCUCAAGGAGAUUGCUGCAAAGUACACAAAACAUUAUACAAGGGUCUGCAGAGAAGGCUAGGAGGAGAUAUGAUUCACGAAAGGACAUCAUGUCAUCCGUUUCACAUUUGACUGAUGAGAGCUUAGAAUUUGAUGUUGCUAAGCAACCAGUAAUUAAAGUGUCCUCAUCAAGUGUUGCACAACCAUCUGCAAGAAAAUCUUUGCAGAAGUAUCUGAGUGAUGGAAAAGACUUCAAACUUGGAAGUCUAAAGUUAUCUGAUUCGUCUUUACUAUCCGACAAUAUGACUUCCGCUAGGUUUCUGGAUAAUGAAAUUUCUACAUACAAACUAGAUGACCCCCGAGAUGACCCAAGUGAGAAAAAAGCAGGACAAAGUUUUGCAACAUCUGAGCAGAAAUUAAUGUCAAGUUAUGCUGGUAGUCAUGGUGAUAACAAAUCUGAUGACAAUCACCAUGGCGAUCUCAAUAAAGAAGAUCCUUUGAAAAUACUUCAGACUGCACAAGAAUUGCUCCAUCUGGCUUCUGCCAGCCUACAAAAACAGCAGAGCCAAUCAGUGAUAGACUGGGAGGAGAGAUAUCAAUCUGAGAAAAAACUGCGAAGAAAAGUAGAACAGAAAUUAUUUGACACUCAAGCUGUUUGAAUCCAUUUUAGGUCAAUUACGUCAGGAACAACAGCGACGACAGGAAAUAGAAAUUGAACUCAGGGCUCUGAAACUACAGGUAGAGAGAUAAAAGGACGAAAGGAGGUAUCAUGUGACAGGUAUUAAUGACACAGUCUGUGUUGACCUUAUAAACUUGAUAAAUUGCUUACUUUGUAAAUUUCUGUUAUUAGCAUUCAUAUGAUUGGCUGAUAAUCAUUUUGAAUAAUUUAUAUCUUAAAAGGUAUACUUGAUCUUGAGCAGUUCAGUGACUUAAUUCAAAUUUUAUCAGACAGUAUAUUUUUAAAUUCAAGCUCUAGAGAGGGAAAAUUGAUGUACUGUGAAACCUUGAAUAGAAGCCCUAGGCUCUUUUAUUAGAACUAUUAUUAUAAAACAAUAAAUAGGGUCACUGUAACAUCGAGUGUAUUAACUGGUAUUAAGUCACCUAAACUACUGUAUAAACCAAGCAUGUUUUUAAUUUAUUCUGGUUCUUUGAAAUUCAUGUAUAUGUAUGUAUUGUUCUAUCUUUCGAAAAGAAGCCGUGGGCUACUUCUUGAGAUUAACCCCAUUGGGGUUCUAUUUGAGGUGUUACAGUAUGUUGUACAAAUGAAUAUUGUAAGACACUGAAGUGGUUUUAGAAGAAAUAAACAACUAAUAUAAUACAGAUUUUUGAAUAUUUAAAAAAACUGGGGCGGGGGAAAGGUUGUUACGCUCCUUCAGUGUCUUAGAAUAUUUACGUGAACAACAUAUCAAUUUUUGCUCUUCGGAGCCUGGCUUUAAGAUACAGCAGAAUUGUAUAAGAAAAUACUGUAGAAGAACUAAUCUUGCCAUAACAAUCAUCUUGAAAAGAAUUUAUCAAUUUGACAAUCAAUUUUGUAACUAUUAAAAUAAACUGAAAUUUGUACAUGGUGUGGUGUUAUACAUUUGAAGUAAGUUAAUAGUAGGAAGCACCACCUAACUCAAGAAUGUCUUUCAUGUAUAAAGUGUAUAUUGCUUCUGUCUAUAAAAAUAUUUAAAAGUUUCUUAAUGUUAAUGGUUAAUACAGUAUGUUGCAAAAUAUAUAUUAGCUAAUGUGAGCCAACAAAAAAUGUUUUUAUUAGGUCCUAAAUAUAAGACCAGUAACAUGUCUCAAAGUGUUAUAUAUGUAUUAAUAGGGAGGUUUCGCACGCGAACACAUACGGUUAGUGUAACGGAUACGAACAUUUUUCAAAUUUUACAGUAAGUGUAAAAAAUAAAUUUAUCUUUGAAUACUUUCUUACGUGCUAUUUUUGUGACAUUGGAAGACAAAAAAUUACGAUAGGAUGUAUCCCAUUUUGUGGUGUCUGGAUUUUCGUGUAGGCCUAGCUUAUAGCCAGGCAUUUUUGGGUCAUAGACAAUAGGGCCUGUCCCUUCUGGGCAACAAAGGAAAGAGUAUUAUUCGGCUACCAAUUUCAAUUUCCAAAACCUUACAUACUAAAACUUUGAGAAGCAUGGUGAGAGAGAAGAAAAUGGAUUAUAGGCCUAGGAGUAGGACCUACUGUAAGCUAAGGCCCUAGGCCUAUGCUUGAAUUGCGCUGUGAUUGCAAGAAAAACAGAAUGGCUACAAACCGUUACAGAUAGCUAAAUGUAUGCAUACACGUAUUCGUUCGCAUGCGAAACCUCUCUAUUUUUUGUUGCUUUAGCUAAAUGUCCGAAUGAUUCAAUGUACUUCACCUUAUUACCCUGGUCAAACAGAGCUCCCUGGAGCUCCAAGGUACCAAUGUAUACUUUGGUGACAAAGAGAAUGUAAAAGGUACCCUCUCAAUCUCCCUCUUUUUCAUUUGGAAAGCCAUACCAAUUUCUACCAUUGCUUUCUUCCAUUAUCAUUUUUUAAAAUAUGUAUAAUAUUAAAUAUAUUUUUAUAUUUAUAUAAUGAUUUUAAAUAUUCUUUUCUCCACAAUAUUUGGUGCUUAUAAAUUCCCUUUUUGGAAUAUAGUUUGCUAUUAAAUCUUGACUGUUUUAAUUUGGUUUAUAAUACAGUAGUUCAAUCUUAAACUAAUUACAUGGUGUAGUUUUUUAGUAUUGUGAUCUGAAUAAAUAUUUCUGUAAAAGAUUAGAUUACUACAGUACAGUAUACUGAAAACAAACGCAGCAACUAAAAAGUUCUUGCAUAUUAAAUGGCGCCCUCUAUCUGGUA